GACCUGUCAAACGGUACGAUUUUUGAAAGCUCCUCAUACACAAACAGAAGGCCGUCGGAAUUUAGCGCAUUUUUUCUUGUUUUCAUCACCGUUCCUACCGAGCGAGCGUCUCGGUUGCGUGAAAAACGAACCAUUUCCCAUUGGCAGGCUUGAGUGGCAAGCCGUCGAACGGUAGAAUCGCAGCCCCAGGAUGCCCAGAGGUAUCAUCACGCUCCAGCUGGGCCAGUGCGGCAACCAGAUUGGGUUCGAAUUUUGGAAACGCCUUUGUCUCGAGCAUGGAAUCUCACCGUCGGGAAUGUUGCGCGAAUUUGCCAGCGAUGGCAUCGACCGGAAGGAUGUGUUUUUCUACCAGGCGGACGAUGACCACUACAUUCCCCGGGCGGUUCUGCUGGAUUUGGAACCGCGCGUAAUUCAUUCGAUCAUGGCCUCACCGUACGCCAAGCUGUACAAUCCGGAAAACAUUUACCUAUCCAAAGACGGAGGCGGUGCGGGUAAUAACUGGGCUUCCGGGUUUAGUCAGGGCGAAAAGCUGCACGAGGAAGUGUUUGACAUCAUCGACCGGGAAGCGGAUGGAAGCGACAGUCUGGAGGGAUUCGUCCUGUGUCACUCGAUCGCGGGUGGUACCGGCUCUGGCAUGGGCUCGUACAUCAUGGAGCGGCUGUCGGAUCACUUCCCCAAGAAGCUCAUCCAGACGUACAGUGUGUUUCCGAACCAGGACGAAAUCAGCGACGUUGUGGUGCAGCCGUACAACAGUCUACUGACCCUUCGUCGGCUGACCAGCUGUGCGGACUGCGUGGUCGUGCUGGACAAUACCGCACUGAACCGUAUCGCGACGGAUUGGCUUCAUCUGGAUAACCCCAGCUUCGCCCAGAUCAACACGCUCGUUUCCACCAUCAUGUCCGUCAGCACGACCACCCUUCGCUACCCAUCGUACAUGAACAACAAUCUGAUCGAGCUGAUUGCCCCACUGAUUCCGACUUCGCAGCUUCACUUCCUCAUGACCGGCUACACACCGCUCGCGACCGAAUCGGACACACAGUCGGUGCAGAAGACGACCGUGCUGGACGUGAUGCGGCGCUUGCUGCAGCCGAAGAACAUGAUGGUAUCGACCGGGCCGGACAAAACCAACCACCAUCGGUACAUCUCGAUACUGAACAUCAUCCAGGGUGAGGUGAACCCGUCCCAGGUGCACCAAUCGAUUCAGCGAAUCCGGGAACGGAAGCUGGCCCAGUUCAUACCAUGGGGUCCGGCCAGCAUUCAGGUGGCCCUGUCACGCAGCAGCCCGUACGUGCAGAGCAGUCACCGGGUGACGGGGCUAAUGUUGGCCAAUCACACCAGCAUCUGCUCGCUGUUCGAGCGGGCCCUCGGCCAGUACGACAAGCUGCGCAAGCGAGGCGCCUUCCUGGACCAGUUCAAGCGGGAGGACAAAUUCAAGGACGAUCUGAGCGAGAUGGACGAAGCGCGCGAUGUGGUGGAUGCGCUCGUGCAGGAGUACGAGGUAGCCACCAAGGAGAACUAUCUGAGCUGGCAUGCGAACCGUGCAAAUGGCGGUGCCGGCACGAAUCCGUAAGAUUACUACAUUGCUUACAAGGAAGGUUUUUAAUUAUAUCGUUACUAGAUGAUGGCGUGUGGCGCGGAGAAGGGUAUUAAUAGAAUCGCAUAGCUAACGUUAGAUAGGCGGAAAUGGAGGAAACCAGGCUCUCUAGAGAGGAAAUGAAGAAUCUACAUAUUUGAGAAUCGAGACACAGAGUGUGAGCGUGAGUGAGCGAACGAGUAACAUGUAUAAGUAUUUGUGCCAAUAAAUCACACCAUUGGUAACACACUACACUA